UUGGUCAGGAAUAUGCUGUUAAUGAGAGGCUCUGAAGCAGCUCAGAUAGGUGGCACAGUGGUGUCAGUUUAAACAGAAGCUGUCAGUCCUCUGAAGGAAACACUUACCCUUUAAGAAGUGACCACCACUAUUCGAUCCCCCUUUUUCUUCCACUUCCUGGUAUCUACUUGCUAGAACAUGAGAGCCUUCUUACUCUCCUUCUUGCCCUGUCUGUACCUGGUGCCUCCAUGUAGUUCCGUGAAGGGCCUAGAGUUCCCCAGCUUUGAUGGCAAGGACAGGCUGAUCAACAUCGAUGAAAGAAACUACAAGAAAGUCCUGAAGAGGUACGACAUGCUGUGUCUGCUAUGCCACCAGCCUCCUUCCACCAGCAAGAACCUACAUAAGCAGCAUCUGAGCAAGCAGGUCCUGGAGCUCACUGCCCAGGUCCUGGAGGACAAGGACAUUGGGUUCGGAAUGGUCAAUUCCCACCAGGAUGCUAAAGUGGCUAAGAAGCUGGGGUUAGAGGAAGAAGGGAGCCUGUACAUCAUCACAGAGGGGCAAGUCAUUGAAUACAAAGGGCGUCUCUCUGCAGACAUCUUCAUGGAGUUCCUCUUGGAUUUGCUGAAAGAACCAGUGGAGCUCAUCAGUAGCCCACUGGGGCUGCGUGCUUUCAGCCGUAUGCAAGAGGACAUCCGCCUGAUCGGCUAUUUCAAGCACGAGGACUCGGAGCACUUCAAGGCUUUUCAGGAAGCUGCCAGGAAGUUCCAACCUUUUGUUAAGUUUUUUGCUACCUUUCAUAAGGCAGUGGCCCGGCAGUUGACUCUGAAGAUAAAUGAAGUGGAUCUCUAUGAACCUUUCAUGGAGGAACCAGUAACCAUUCCUGGAAAAAUUCACUCUGAGCAGGAAAUUGUGGAUUUUGUGACAGAACACAGAAGACCUACCAUGAGAAAGCUGCAGGCAGAGGACCUGUUUGAGACCUGGGAAGAUGAUGUGAAUGGUAUCCACAUUGUGGCCUUUGCAGAGAAGGAAGACCCUGAUGGCUACGAGUUCCUGGAAAUCCUGAAGGAAGUGGCAAGGAGUAACACAGACAACCCCCAACUGAGUAUGCUGUGGAUCGAUCCAGACGACUUCCCCUUGCUAAUCACAUACUGGGAGACGACCUUUCAUGUAGACCUGUUAAAGCCUCAGAUUGGGGUGGUAAAUGUUACGGAUGCGGACAGCAUAUGGCUGAACAUGGCCGAUAACGAAGACCUGCCCUCUGCUGAGGAUGUGGAGCACUGGAUUAAGGAUGUCAUAUCGGGCAAGUUCGGCGCUGAGGAUGAUGAUGAAGAUGGAGGUGAGCUCAGCGAAGAUGAGGAAGAAGAAGAUGAAAACGAUGAAGGUGGGGAUGAUAUGGAAGAGGGUGUUGAAGAUGAGGAUUAUGAAGAUGAGGAUGAAGAUGAGGAAGAUGACAAGGAUGAUGAUGAUGAUGAUCAUGAUGAUCAUGAUGAUGAUGAAAACUGUGAUUAAAGAAUGUUGGUCCUGGGAGAAAUCAGGGAAAAAUAUGACAGAUAGACCAACACCUGGUUACUACAGAAACUCAACUAUUCAAAUGAAAAGAUAAUCCAGUUUAUUUCAGUAGCUUUGCUAACCUCUUUAGCAGUAAAUGGUACACUAUUGAUGGUACACUAACAGUAAAUGGUACACUAUUGAUGGUACACUAACAGUAAAUGGUACACUAUUGAUGAUACACUAACAGUAAAUGGUACACUAUUGAUGGUACACUAACAGUAAAUGGUACACUAUUGAUGGUACACUAACAGUAAAUGGUACACUAUUGAUGAUACACUAACAGUAAAUGGUACACUAUUGAUGGUACACUAACAGUAAAUGGUACACUAGGACAAUGUUUGCCAGUGCCGAGAGUUUGCUAUCAAGCUCUUAUGAUGAUGCUGGAAAUGUAAAAAAAAGGCUUAUUGUUAUUCAUUAUUAUGGUAAAAUUGGCCUGAUUUAAUAAUGAGUUGUGGCACUGCAUUUGUGUCCCCUGUGAACAUACAGGGCAUUAGAUGGGGGGUCACAGGUAAGACCUAGAGCAGUGGUGCCAAACUCCAGUCCUGGGGGGCUGAAGCCCUGUGUAGUUUAGUAUCUUUCCCUGUUCCACCACAAAUGAUUCAGCUCAAGAGCUGUGUGGUAAUUACCACAAGGAGCGAAGAGGUGAAUCUGGUGAGGAAAUGAGAGGAAACCCAAAAAUGCGUAGGGCUCCAGCCCCCAGGACUGGGGUUUGACACCCCCACCCUAGAGGGAAGACUCCAGGAUGUUUAAUAAAAGCACUCUGAAAUACGGAGAA